UAAUCAAAUAAAACUUAAAAAUGAAAAUUUUCCGAAAAAUAUUAUGUAACAAGAAUUUAGAAUCACGCCUAUCAUUACAGGAGUUUUAUUCGACAGAAAAAAAGGUAACGCCACCCAAACCUAAACAACCUGUUGAUCCACGAAGAAUUUUCAAAGUGUACCGGUUUGGAGGUAUUCUCAGCAAGGAAAAACCUAAAUUGAUAAAUUAUGAUCUGGAUGUUAGCAGAUGUGGAAGAAUGGUUUUAGAUGCUCUUAUUAAAAUUAAGGACAUGGAUCCAACACUUGUUUUUCGAAGAUCCUGUCGAGAAGGCAUUUGUGGUUCUUGUGCUAUUAACCUACAAGGAACCAACUGUCUCGCUUGCAUCACACCUAUUCCACCAGACAAAGUAAUAACCAUACAUCCGAUUCCACACAUGUAUGUAAUUAGGGAUCUGGUGGUAGAUAUGACACAUUUUUUCGACGCUUACAAUAGCAUACGGCCUUACCUAAUACGACAAAAUAGGGGACCGAUAGGAAAAUAUCAAUAUGCUCAAAGCAUUAAUGAUAAUUCGAAGCUGGUGGGAUUAUAUGAAUGUGUCCUUUGUUCUUGCUGCGCUACAGCCUGUCCUAGCUAUUGGUGGAAUGGACGAAGGUUUAUGGGCCCUGCUACAUUACUCCAUGCCUAUAGGUGGAUUAUUGAUUCGCGCGAUGAAGACACAGAACAAAGAUUGCAUGAAUUGAGAGAUGACUUCAAAGCUUUUCGUUGCCACACAAUUAUGAACUGCACUCUCGCCUGUCCUAAAGGGCUGCACCCUGCUUUAGCUAUUGCUAAAUUAAAGAGAUUAAUAGCAGGACUUGACAAGAAGCCGUUCUCGGAAAUCAAUGCUAUGAUACAUUCAGAAUCUGGGUCUAAGUGUUGAGAUUUUUUUAGUUAGUUUAUUAAUUUCC